AUGUCUACCACGAAGAUCACGCUGACAACCUCCGAUGGCGUCGACAUCGAAGUCGAGCGCCAGGUCGCCGAGAGAUCGAUCCUGAUCAAGAACCUGCUUGAAGAUCUUGGUGCUGAUACGGGCGAGCCUAUCCCCAUUCCCAACGUCAACGAACAGGUGAUGCGCAAGGUCAUCGAGUGGUGCGAGCAGCACAAGAAGGACCCCCCCGCGUCCGCCGACGAUGACUCGGACUCGCGCAAGAAGUCAACCGACAUCGACGAGUGGGACCAGAAGUUCAUGCAGGUCGACCAAGAGAUGCUGUUCGAGAUCAUCCUGGCCGCCAACUACCUCGACAUCAAGGCGCUCCUCGACGUCGGCUGCAAGACCGUUGCGAACAUGAUCAAGGGAAAGUCUCCUGACGAGAUCCGCAAGACCUUCAACAUCCAGAACGACUUCACCCCCGAGGAGGAGGACCAGAUCCGUCGCGAGAACGAGUGGGCCGAGGACCGCUAA